CACUGCAUCGAUAUGCCUGCCGAGUUCUGAGGUGGCAAGGCUGCGUACGUACAGAAGAUGGAUCCUUCGAGGGAGCCUGAAUCGAACCGAUCACGAUCACGACACAGACACGCCAUCACGUGCCCAGGAGUCGAACCGCGUCCGACAUACGCCACACGCGCGCCACGACGCUCGAACUCUUCGUUCCUUCCAUCCACUUAGCAUGCUAUUCAGGUGUACAGACGCAGACACCCGCUCUUCCGCAGAGCUCAUUGUCCUCUUCCAUGGGUCUGAGCAUGUCCUCCUGCCACUGCCGGAAACCUACGAGGAUGCGAUCAAAACUGCCCAGCAGGAAUUCUCCCUGGAUGGCGAGCUCUGUCUGGUGACGCACGGCCUCGCGGGCUGUGCAGGACAGAAAGUCCGCAUCCACGCCGAUGCGUGGGAGGGCAUCCGUCGCGUGCUCGCAUCCGUCUCCGUCGAGACGCGCACCACCUCUUCCCGGACGUCAAGCAACACGUUGACUUCGACGGCAGCGGAGAGCGCGUCGCGAGUGAUAACACACGAGCACGGCGCGCGCCCCUCGCCGCGCGUCCUGUCUGAGGGGAGAAACAGGCGGCUUUCCCGGUUGUCUCUCGUGUCGAAUUCAGGAUUUGCCCCCGCGUCAGCGCUGUUGGGCAAGUUGGAUCUGGACGUGAGUCUGAGCGCGACGAACGUUGAGGACGAGGAUGAGGAAGAGGAAGUACGGGGAGUCAUCGCCUCUCCCAGCAAGAGCAAGGGUACGUCGCGUGGGAGUGUGUACUCUGAGGAGGAGGACGAGGAGGAGGAUGAGUUUCAGGAUGAGCACAGCACGCCGGAGAAGGAGAAAAAGGCACAGAAUGCAGCGUCGAAGCAGUAUAAUUUGCAAGACGAGUCAAAAGGCGCGGAGAAAGAUAAGAAGGCAUUGAAGGCCACCCCCAGGCGGGACAAACUCCAGGAGGAGCCAGACAUUGUAAUCAAGAAAGAAGCAAACAAUACCGUAUCCAAGAGAGCGAACCCCAGCCCGAAUUGGGCGGAGGCGCUCUUCGUCGACGAAUCCAAACGUCCACUUUCCUCCAGCGUACGCCAAUUGAAGCUGUCGUCGCUGGCCACCCCGAAACGUAACCACGCUUUCGAGAGCCAGUUGAAGUUCACGCAUACGCCGAGGACACCGUUUCGAUCGCCCGUGAAGCUGAGCGCGUUGACGUCAGCGGUGGCGGCGAAUGGAACGAGUAAUCAAGGGGUGAAGCCAAUAUCAAACCGCCCAAUCGACUCUCCUACGAGAUCGAAGAAAGGACCUACCCCAUUGACUCCUCAACCACAGACCACCGCACCAACGCCAAACCCGGCCGAAGACCGGUUCGUCGUCUCGAUCGAGUACGACGACGGCACGUCGGGCAUCCAGGCGUGUCAGUUCAAGACGCGCGCGCGACACACCGUCGGGAAGGUGCUCAUGCAGGCGUGCCGCACGUUCGGCAUCGAGCAUCUCUAUGAUCGGUACGCCCCCUUUCCACCCACCCACAAUCACUCUGCUUGUAGUUAUUGUUCUGGGCUGAUUAUUGUCGGUUGGUUGGGCAGGGCGCGCAUGGUGCUGGUGGUAGAGACGGGCGAGGACGAGGACUUCAUGCUGCACCGAUACGUCUGUGCGAAAGAGGACACGAUGGCGCGGGCGGGCGCGGAGAUGGAUUCCAGGUUUGUGCUGGAGGUGGAUGGGGAUGAAGUUGAUGAGUGAGCAUCGUGUGUGGUGCACACCCGGUUGAAGGGAGAUGUUGGACAGA